AUGACUCAAAUUACUGGAAGAGCGCCCGAGAGAAAAUGGUGGAAGGAAGCCAUUGUAUACCAGAUCUAUCCCGCAUCGUUCCUUGAUACUGACUCUAAUGGUGUUGGAAACAUCAACGGGAUCACUGCUAAACUGGACUAUCUCAAGGAAUUAGGCGUGGAUAUUCUGUGGAUUUCACCAGUUUACGAAAGUCCACAGAAGGACAUGGGGUAUGAUAUUUCGAAUUACCGUGAUAUACAUCGCCCCUACGGCACAAUGCAAGACGUCCACCAUUUGAUCGAUGAGCUCAAGGCACGCGAUAUGAAGCUCAUCAUGGAUCUGGUGUUCAAUCACACCUCAACUCAGCAUCCCUGGUUUAUCGACUCGGCCUCGUCAGCAGUAAGCGCGCGACGAGACUGGUACAUCUGGCGCAAGCCAAAGUAUGACGUCCAGGGUAAUCGGCAGCCACCGAAUAACUGGUGCAGCCUCUUUGACGAGACAGAGUCGGCCUGGACCUAUGACUCUCAGACGGAUGAGUACUAUCUCUCUCUCUUCAGUCCAUUCCAAGCCGAUCUUAACUGGGAAACACCAUUCGUCAGAGAGGAAGUCUGCGAUAUCCUGCGCUUCUGGCUGGACAAGGGGGUUUCUGGUUUCCGCAUGGAUGUCAUAAACCUCAUCUCCAAAGACCAAAGGUUCCCCGACGCAGAGAUCCGUCACCCAGGAAGAAAGUACCAGCCAGGUGAAUGCUACUUCGCCAACGGGAUCCGACUCAUGGACUAUCUCCAGGAGAUGAAGACCGCUGUCUUCUCAAAGUACGACACUCUCACGGUCGGUGAGAUGCCGUACCUGGUAGACGAAGAGGAGAGACUCAAGAUGGUCGCGGCGGAAGAGGGCGUGCUGAACAUGAUCUUCACUUUUGAGAUGAUCGGUCUUGACAUUGUCCCCGAAAAAGGCCGCUUCAGCAACAAGCCAUGGAAAGUCAGUGACCUGAAGAACAUAAUCGCCAAGGCAUACAAGCUCGUGAACCAAGAUGGAUGGCACACGCUCUUCUGCGAGAAUCACGACCAGCCCCGUUCCAUCACGCGUUUCUGCGACGACUCGGAUGAGCAUCGUGUUGCUGGCACCAAACUACUCUCCAUCAUGCAGACAAGCCUUCCUGGUACCCUGUAUGUGUAUCAGGGCGAAGAGCUUGGUAUGCGGAACGUACCCAAGUCCUGGGCACUAGAAGAGUACAUAGACAUUGAGUCUGUUUCCUAUAUCAAGAAUGUUUGCUCUCAGUUCGCAGAAGGGUCUCCCGAAAGAAAAGAGGCAAAGAACCUUCUGCGCCUCAAAGCGCGUGACAACGCCAGGACCCCUAUGCAGUGGGACUCUACAUCCAACGGCGGCUUCUGCCCCGCGGGAGUCAAGCCCUGGAUGCGCGUAAACGACGACUACACCAUCGUCAACGCGGCUCUACAGACUUCUGCAGGUCGAGCAAACGACCGGACCAUGCUUCUGUCACCUUACCGAUUCUGGCAGCGAAGUAUCGAGACACGCAAGAAGUACAAAGACCUGCUCGUCUACGGGGACCUUGAGAUUAUUGAUGGCACGCACCCCAACGUUUUUGCGUACAAGAGGAUCAGCGAGUCGAAGCAUUCCGUCACGAUCCUUAACUUUAGUAAGGAUGAGGUGAAGUUUACCUUUCCAGAUGGUCAGGGGGUCACGUGCUGGGCUCUGGGGAGCUAUGACGCUUUGUCGAUGGAGAAGCCGAAAUCGGGGGUCAUACAGCUCCUACCCUGGGAAGGCUUGCUUGGUAUUGCGUAGGGCUAACUGCACUGAGUUUGGUAGCGAAGGUAGCAGAUUGCUAUUGGUCUUAGUAUGAGUGCUCGUUGACUUUGGGGCUACGGAAAGGGCUUAUAGGUACAAGAUUGCUUUGAUAUGGUCAGUAGUCAGUACAGAAUGCCAC